UUGAAACAAAAGAAAAAGGGGAAUAAUUUAAUUUAAUUUAAUUUAAUUGAGCGGCGAGAGGAAGAGUGAGUUUUGUGGUGGUUUGGUUUUGAAGUGUGAAGUGUGAAGUGUGAAGUGUGAAGGAGGAAAUCCAUUUCCCUAAUUCCCUAACAAGAGCAUAAUGAGCAACGAAUACGAUUACCUGUUCAAGCUUCUCCUAAUCGGGGACUCCUCCGUUGGAAAAUCCUGCUUGCUUCUCAGAUUCGCUGAUGACUCCUAUGUCGACAGCUACAUAAGUACCAUUGGAGUUGAUUUCAAAAUCAGAACUGUGGAGCUGGAAGGCAAAACCAUCAAGCUGCAGAUUUGGGAUACAGCUGGACAGGAGCGAUUUAGGACUAUAACAAGCAGUUAUUAUAGAGGAGCACAUGGAAUAAUUAUUGUCUAUGAUGUUACUGAGAUGGAAAGCUUCAACAAUGUCAAGCAGUGGUUGAAUGAGAUUGAUAGAUAUGCAAAUGACAGUGUAUGCAAGCUUCUCGUUGGGAAUAAAUGUGAUCUAGUUGAUAACAAGGUUGUCGACACACAAACUGCUAAGGCAUUUGCUGAUGAGCUUGGGAUCCCUUUCCUUGAGACAAGUGCUAAAGACUCAAUCAAUGUGGAGCAGGCUUUCUUAACUAUGGCAGCAGAAAUUAAGAAGAAGAUGGGAAGCCAACCAACUGGUAGUAAGUCAGCAGAAACUGUUCAAAUGACGGGGCAACCAAUCCCACAGAAGAGCAACUGUUGUGGUUAGGCACAACUUGUAAAUUUCUACUUUCUAUUAACUGUUAUAUUAAAAUAGAGAGACUCAGUUUCUUGACUGUGUUAUGAUAUGGAUGUUUCAAUGACCGUUAAAGUAUCGUCUAUUUAAAUCCUUGGAUAAUUUAGUU